CCAUCGAUUGCUGAUUACCAAAAACGCUAGCCCACCUCCCACCCGCCGAUCCAUCCACCCCACCUCCCCGGCCGUCAUGAACUAGGUCACCUCCCAAAGCUCCCACCUUUGGGAUCGAUCCUCAGAUCGAUCGAUCCAAAUAACCAGUCGAUACGAGUUGGCUAGCACCCAAUUUGAUUUAAUUUCCCCCAUAAUUUCUAGCCCCAUUUCGGCCUAAUUAAUUCAGUUUGAUCCCAUCCCGAUACCAUAAGCAACAGCAGCAAGCAUUAGGGGUUGGUGAAUUAAGCAGCAGCAAGUACGGAGACAAGGCUCUGGCAGGGAUGCAGAUGGACGCAGAGAUGGUGCAGGCGUCUCCUGCGCUCGCGGCUGAUCUGCAGAACUCGCCCACGAAGCCACAGGUGAGCAAGUACUACUACAAAAAGGGAACCAGAAGCCACACCAGAAAUGGCAAGGAUGAUACCAACUACGACUCCAGGAUCCAACCCAGGUCGCCCUUGAGCAGACAGAGCCUGACCUACGCCACCCCCACCUACCACACUGGAGCCUUCUACGAGAUCGACCACGAGAAGCUGCCCCCCAAAUCCCCAAUCCAUCUGAAAUCCAUACGAGUGGUAAAGGUGAGCGAGUGCACGAACCUGGACGUCACGGUGAAAUUUCCGUCCCUCCUGGCGCUACGCAGCUUCUUCUCCUCCUGCCCGGCGUCAGGCACCGGACCGGAGCUCGACGAGUGCUUCGUUAUGAGCAGCAAUCACGCCGCGCGCAUCUUGCGCCGCCGGGUGGCCGAGGAGGAGCUUGAGGGCGAGGUGCACCAGGACAGCUUCUGGCUCGUCAAGCCCCGCCUCUACAACUUCGCCGCGUCCCAGCAGGCUCAGCCACGGGCUGCGUCGCCGCCAGUAGAGUCCUGCCUGCUCACCACCUUGAAGUGCGAUGGCACCGGGUGGGGCAUGAGGCGCCGUGUCAGGUACAUUGGCCGGCAUCCUGAUGAUGCUCCCAAGGAGGCUAGCGUCGAUGGCUACGACACGGAGGCCAGCAUCAGGGAGGAGCAGCGGCGUCCAGCAACGCGGGAAGUUACGAAGAGCGCAAGAAACUGUAAAAGGAAGCGGGAGGCAGAAGAGAGCAGCAUGGAGAAGCACAGAGACGAGGGCAAGAAGAAUAAGAAGGUUCAGGGCCACAGCAAGAAGAGUUCCAAGAAGGAGAAGAAGCGCACCGUGGAGUCCAACGACGGUGACCCUCGUCGCGGCAAGGACCGGUGGUCAGCCGAGCGCUACACCGCAGCAGAGAGGAGCCUGCUCGACAUCAUGCGCUCCCGCGGUGCCCGCUUCAGCGCGCCGGUGAUGCGGCAGGACCUGCGGCAGGAAGCCCGUAAGCACAUCGGCGACACCGGUCUCCUUGACCACCUGCUGAAGCACAUGGCCGGCCGGGUGCCGGAAGGCAGCACUCACCGGUUCCGUCGCCGGCACAACGCGGAUGGUGCCAUGGAGUACUGGCUGGAGCCGGCCGAACUUGCUGAGGUACGGCGAGAGGCCGGUGUUUCUGAUCCAUACUGGAUGCCGCCGCCGGGAUGGAAGCCAGGUGAUGACGUGUCCCCCGUUGCCGGCGACCUACUGGUUAAGAGGCAGGUCCAGGAGCUCGCCGAGGAGGUCAAAUGCGUAAAAAGGCACAUGGAGCAGUUACUGGACAAGGAUGGGAACUUCGAUGCAGAGAGAGCUUACAGUUCAUUGAAGGAGAAGUACAAGAGUGUUGUCAAGGUUAACGAAAAUCUUGAGAAGCAGGUGUUCUCUUUGAAGGACAUGUACGAGAAUGUGGUUCAGAUGAAUGGUGAGCUGAUGAAGGAGGUGUUAUCCAUCAAGGACAAGUACCAGUAUAUUGUUGAUAAGAAUGACAAGCUAGGGGAGCAGAUUACAUCUCUCUCCAGCUCCUUCCUUUCUUUCAAGGAUCAGCUGCCACUGCCGCUGAAUAUGGAAAGAGCUCAUCAGGUGGAAGUGGCUCCCAGUGACGGCAGUCGAGAAGCUUUUCCUGGCACAGCAAUGUACAUGGCUUCUGGUGACCAGAUUAGCCAGCAGGCAGAUGGCGCCGUCGUCCAAGGCGGUCCGGAGUCUUCGGAAAGGACGGCGAGGAAGAGCAGCUUCCGAAUCUACAAGCCACAGGGCACGUUCCUGUGGCCAAGCAUGGCUUCCGGCAUGACCAUCAGCGGCGGAGACAGCAGCAGCUGCCCGACAGCCGCUGGGCCAGGGUCCGGGCUCCCUCGCAGCACCAGUUGCCCCAGUAGUGCCGGGCCAGGGCUCCCGCGGUCGUCGCGAGCCCCGUUUGAGGCAGCGGCCGCGUCGUCCGGCCUGGAUGAGCGCGUGAUGCUUGGCGCCCUCUCCACACCGCCCUCGGCGUCGUCCACCAACGCCGUCGCAGCCAAGCUGCAGCUGCCCCUGCCCAGCCCGAGGUCGCCCCUCCAGCCACAACAGCUGUUUGCUACUACUGCUGCCGGGUUUAGCACCCUCCCAGUGAUGCAGCCUUUCUCCGGCAUGACUCUACGCCAUGUGGACACCUCGUCCGCGCACUGCGGUGCCAGCCUGCUGGAGGGGAAGAGGGCCAUGUUCGAUGCAGACGCUGGCGGGAUCAGUGUGGUGGGCACUGAACUGGCCCUGGCUACUCCCUCCUCCUGCUGAGCUUAUUACCUUCAACUUCACCUCCCUCCCCAUCUGCAGGCUUUGGCCGAACGACCUCUGCGUGCACCAUUUUUUCUUAAGAUAACGAAGGCGCAACGUAAAGAAAAAGAUAACAGAGAGAGAGAGAGAGAGAGAGAGAGAGAGAGAGAGAGAGAGAGAGAGCUCGGUCACCUGAACUUUCUUGGUUGCAUAAUUCGUAGCCAUUUCCAGGUUGGUCAGUUUCUAGUUAAUUUGUGCCCAAGCUUGUAUUGCUGCAAGCCUGACUGGGUCGCUGGUAGGUACUACUUGCAUUGGAUGAUCUCUUCAGUAUGUCAGUUGCAUGGUCCUCUGCCCUGUUCCUUGGUGCAUGACACAUUUGAAGUAGAAUGUAUCAAUUUUGCUGGUUCGAUAUAUAGGGCAUAGGUUAUUCGUCCACUGUCGUUGGGUAUAAAAUCCAUGCCUUGGUGUAGCACCUCGUAUCUGUUUGGUCUUAUACUCUUAUCCUCUUACACAUUGGUGAUGUUUCCCUUUUAUAAU